AACGGAGAACGGAGAACCAGAAGUCGUCCAGUGAACGUACGAGAACAAGACUACGAGACCGCUCUCGCUCUCACGCUCUCUGACGCAAUCGAUCCCAAAAUCGCUCGAUAUCUAACAGCAAUUGAUCUCUCACGGGCUCUCUCUCACGCAAUCGAUUCAAAAGACUUCAGCACCACCUCUUGUAAAUCAGAAGUGAAAUCAAACUUCAGAGUUCAGACUUCAGCAUCUCUUAAAUAACAAAUGCCACCUUAGCCUCUGUUUUGAAAUCGAUUUUGAACGUACAGUCCAGAACGAUUUUGAAUCGAUUUCGGAAUCAAUUUUGAAAUUUGAGAACAAGAUCGGCUGUAGUUGUGUCGAGCAGUAAACUGUGAACGCGUACCAAUCCAGAAAUUGAUUCUUGGUUUUUAGCUCUAGCUUUGACUCACUAUGGAUCUACUCCGCAAUGCCUAUUCCACUACUAAGGAUGAAGAUGAAGAAAACAAAAAGUACGCUCCGCCUCCCCUCAAGCGAGCCAAACCUGAAUUUUCACAUACAUCCAGCAAAAAUUUUCCCACCGAUUGGCUCAAACAUACAUCAACUGAAGCUCCAAUUGCAGGCAGAUAUAUAUCGAAGCGAGAACGAGCACUCAUGGCUACGGUUCCUCAAACUCCCAAUGCAGACCCCCCAACUUCUUCAGGCUGUUUCCAUGUUCAAGGAAGCAUCUCAGAUUCAUACAUACGAAAAGAUAUUUUGUCAUCGUUGAGAAAUCGAACGGAGGGCUAUGCAAAUUCUGGCCACAAAUCUGAGGGCAUAUCCACAAAUCUUAUUGGGCAUUCAAAGGCCGUGAAUGCUCUACAAUGGUCAAAAACUCAAUCUCAUCUUCUUGCAUCUGCUGGUAUGGAUUCUUCCAUCUAUAUAUGGAACGUGUGGAGCACGGAACAGAAGAAAGCACGGGUGUUCAACAUUCAUACUGCAGCUGUGAAAGACGUCAAGUGGUCAGAUCAAGGUCUUUAUUUGCUCUCUUGUGGAUACGAUUGCUCUUCGAGAUUGAUUGAUGUCGAAAAAGGGGUAGAAACUCGGGAAUUUAAGGAGGAUCAGGUUGUUGGAGUUGUUAAAUUUCAUCCCAAUAACUCCAACCUCUUUCUAUCCGGUGGAUCGAAGGGCAUCAUUCGGUUAUGGGAUAUUAGAACCGGAAAUACGGUGAAUCAGUAUCUUCGAGGUCUUGGUCCGGUCCUCGAUGUGGAAUUUACGAAUGAUACAAGGCAGUUCGUUUCUUCGAGUGAUGAAUCCAAGAGCAAUAUCAGCGAGAAUUCGAUCAUCGUUUGGGAUGUCUCACGUCAGAUUCCUCUAUCAAAUCAGAUAUAUGUGGAAGCUUAUACCUGCCCCUGUAUAAGACAUCAUCCAUCUGAACCAUAUUUUGUGGCUCAAUCAAACGGGAAUUACAUCGCAAUCUUUUCUUCCAAACCUCCAUUUCGGCUUGACAAAUACAAGAGGUACGAAAGCCAUGGUGUUUCUGGAUUUCCCGUCAAGUGUAAUUUCAGUAUGGAUGGAAAAAAACUUGCCUCUGGCUCCUCGGAUGGAUGCAUUUAUGUAUAUAAUGCCAAAACAUGCGAGCUCAUCAAGAAAAUCAAGGCGUAUGAACAAACGUGCAUAGAUGUGGCGUUCCAUACCGUCAUGUCCAAUGUAAUUGCAUCGUGCAGCUGGAACGGCGAAAUCUCUGUUUUCGAGUAAUUUCAGACGAGUAUUUGACAAUGAGGGAUGGUUUCGACAAAUAAUUAGAUAUCAUUUAAUGGUGAUUUGAAUGUGGGGUAAUGCGACAUC